UGCAGCCCAAGCCAUAGCAGAAGAAAGAAGAAGCCAAAGUGGCGUUAGCCCUAUUGCAGUCCAGACCUCAAUAAAUAUAAAGACAGCAACUAAACCAGUGAUAGAUGGUUCCACUCUGAGAACAGAAGAAAGACAAAGACUGGCCAGGGAGCGUAGAGAAGAGCGGGAAAAGCAACAUGCUGCCAAAGAGACACAAAUCCUUGAAAAGGAGAGAAAAGCAAAACUCCAGUAUGAAAAACAGUUAGAAGAAAGGCAGAGAAAGCUAAAAGAACAGAAGCAGAAAGAGGAACAACGGAGGGCAGCAGUAGAAGAAAAGAGAAAACAAAAAAUAGAGGAGGAAAAGGAGCGAUAUGAAGCAGUUAUGCAUCGUACCUUGGAACGGAAUCAGCGACUGGAAACACGACAGAAGAGAUGGUCAUGGGGAGGGUCUGUAACUCCAGAUUCAGAGAGCAAAACUGAACAACAGACCACAGAUGAAGGUGGAACUGGUGCCAGCAAGCGGUCCACCUCCACAGCAAACCUCAAACAGACAGAAGCUGUCAUGAAUAAACGGUUAUCAUCGUCUGCAGCACUUUUAAACGCUUCUGAUCGAAGUACCACAAAGAGAAGUGCCUCAUUAAACAGACUGAAUAACAAAGUUCCUCUACAUUCUCAGCAGUCAGCACUCAAAGGUUCACAGGUGGAACAGAAAGGAGGAACAGAAAAGAAGAGGAGCACAUCUUUGAAUAGAAUGAGUAGUAAACCCCAAUCUUCUCCAGAACUAGAAAAAGUGAAAAAGGAAGAAAAACCAGCUCGUCGCUCCCAGCUCAGUCCUCUGGACAGUAGCGUAAUCAGUCGCCUCCUCGCCCCCACACAGGCCUCAUUAGCUAGGAGUAAAAGUGCUGCUACAUUAUCGGCUGAUGGACAAGAUCCCUCAGAAUCUCACCUCUGUCCUCGUUCAGCUUCAGCCAGUUCCAUCAAUUCCCCAGUCCCAACUCCUAAAGUGCCCGUGCGCAGUCGUAGCAUCGACAGAUUGAAGUCCUCUGUAUCUUCAUCUGAUGCAAGUUCACCAGAUUCAACCCAGAAAUCGGAGACAGAAAAACCAUCCCCAGGUUCUGGUUUAAGACGCCCUCCCUCUCCAUCUGUGUCUGCCCGUAGAAGAUCCCCCUCUCCUGCUAAUUUGGUGAAGCGUCCUCCAUCACCUUCUACAGUUAGACAAAAGACUCGCCCACCUUCGCCUAGCAUGUCAAAACAAAGGCCGCCAUCUCCUACUCCAGUCUCUAAGCCGGCACCCAUCCAACGUCCACCUCUCACGCCAGGUGUUAUAAACAUUACCAAAAAGAAAACUGAAGCAGAGAGCAAACCAAAGGAUAAGAGCACAGAAGGAACAGGACAAGAGCAAGGUGCUUCACCAGCCUUGGACAGGGAUGCGGUAGCAGCUAGCACAAAGACCAAAGAAGAAUCAGGUAGCAAAACAGUAGCAGGGACCACCACAGCUGAAGAAGCUGCUAAAAUCUUGGCAGAGAAACGACGUCUAGCACGGGAGCAAAGAGAGCGUGAAGACCAAGAAAGAAUUCAGAGACAGGAAGAGGAAAGAAUCAGAGAAGAAGAAAUGGCAAAGAGAGCAACUGAGGAAAAAGCACGACGGGAGGAGGAGCUCCGCAAGCAGGAGGAAGAAAAAAGACUGGUUUAUGAAGAACAACAAAGACAAGCUGAAGAGGAGAGGAUUCGCCGAGAACAGGAAGAGCAGGAAAAACUUGCAGAGCUUCAGCACCAGAGAGAAGAAGCUGAAGCAAAAGCUCAAGAAGAGGCUGAAAGACAGCGGCUGGAAAGAGAGAGAAUUAUGCAGCAAAAUAUGCAGGAAAGGCUUGAAAGAAAAAAGAGAAUCGAAGAAAUAAUGAAAAGAACACGAAAAUCAGAUCAAAACGAAUCCAAGUUGCAGAAUGAAGGGAAGUCUGUCUCUGAGGCUAUGGAGGGAGAGGAUAUUGAAGAGGAGGAAGAGUUGGGCCUUGAGAAGACUGAUCAACCAGGAAAGCUAAAUGGCAUUGACGUAGCCCAGGAAGUCAAGGGGGAGGCAGAGGGUUGUUUAGAGACUGCGCAUAGUUUGAUCUCUACAGAAUCUGAGGAACAAGGUGUGUCAGAGUUGAAGGCCAGUGAAGUGUUUAUGAAUGGAGACGAUUUGAAAAGCGAUGAGGGGUCUCUACUUGUUACUGAAUUAAAGGAUUGCAGCCAACCUGCAAAAGAAACGGUUAUCGAUGAGUCAGUGAAGUUGGGUGUUAACGAAGCUGAUCAUACAAUUGGACUUACUCAGAAUCUUAACGGAAAAUCUGGUUCAUGGACUUUUGAGGAGUUCAUUGACGUUGGAGUACAUUCCAAGUCAACCAAACUGAGCUCGGACAGCAUCUCUGCUGGUAACUGUAAUCAAAACUUGAAUGACGCUGCUAUAAUACCUUCUAGUCCCAAAUUGGCUUUUGAGGAAGACGGUGCAGUGAAUUCAUUGACCAAACCUAUAGAUGCUUCAUCAGAUAUACUGGAUAAGUGAUUACUGUAAAGAAUAGCUGUCUCAAAUCCUGCUAUAAACCAGUGGCUGAUACUUCAAUUCAAAUGAAUCAUCCAAAUGGCAGCUGUGUUUUCAGUGGUUAAAUGCAAAUGGUUUUGCUGGAACUAAAUGUGUUCUUUCCUCGACAUCACAGUUACAGUAGGAAACCCUCAGCCUUCUAACUCUCACUGUUUGCUAUUCAGAAUACGGUAGAACUGUUUUAGACCUUAGAGCAGUGCCUUAGGUAAAAAGAAAAAUGUAUUUUUGUAUGAUAGCUGUUUCAUUCUGGCAGAGACAAUCAUUCUAACAAAAAAGAUGCCGAUAUUUUUUCUGUGCUGAUAUUAUUUGUUGAAUGGUCUGUUACAGCUCUAUGUAAAUAUGUGCGCACUGUUAAAUAAACUUUGCAGUUG